GGUCACGUGUCUUGUUGAUCCAAUGAAAUUUAUUCUCCCAUUCACUUCCCGCCAACUUCGAACAUUUGGUAUAUUGGUCGUCCAUUGAUCAAUAUAUUUGUAAAAAAAACUAAAUCCAGAGCAAUGUUGGGAGAACUGGUUGAAGAUGGAACAAUGGACAUCAAGAAAAAUAUAGCGGAUUCGAAGGCAAAAAAAGAUCCAUUAUGUUCACCGCCAUGUAAAAAACUAAAACAAGCUCGUCUUCCUUUCAAACCCCUUGAUGCCAAAUCACCAACACCUAGUAACAAACAGUGCAAAAAGCGAAAACUAUCGGGUAGCGAUAAAUCUAUGCAAUCCCCCAAAAAUGCCAAAUUAAGUACUGAAGCAACUCCAAGUAUUGUCACGGAACACAAGAGUAUUAAUGACAGACUAGCAGCUUUCAAAUAUCAGGGACCAGCAGAUGGUGAAAAUGAAGUAUCUUCUAGCUCAGAAUCGGAGAAACUGAAGAGUGCUGGUAAAGCAGUCGACAAACAAAAAGGUCAUAAACUAACGUUAGAUGCCUUUGUUCAGAGACCUCAACAGUCUCAGGUUUCUACUUCUGAUGGGUUAGAAACAAUUGAACUUAAUGAUUCGGAUGAAGAUGAUUCAGGGAGGACUAGUGUUAAAAUUCAGUUUGUUGUCGAUAAUGAUAAAGAGCAUGCCAGUGAACAUAUUGAUGCAAGUAUUGAAGCUGUCAUCUCAAAAGCAAGAAAAUCAGUAGAUUCCAUUUCAAGCCAGGAUGGUGACUCGGAAAUGGAUGUCAGCCAAGAAAAGGUUUCACAUGAUGACAGUUUAGUUCUGAUUUAUAGUACAGAGAGUACUGAUAGCGAAGAAGAUGAAAAGGAUGUUAAAGAUAAUUUGACAAGUCCAAAAGUGAUGAAUCAUAAAAAUCAAGUUAACUCGACACCAAAGAACAUGAUAAUGUCAUCUAAAAAGACUCCAUUACGAGCUAAAUCCUUACAGAAAUCAGCAGAGAAAGAUAGGAUAAAAGAGGAAAAAGCAAAAGAACGGUUAGAACAACUAAGAAUCAAAGAACAAGAAAAAGCUGAAAAGCAGAGACUAAAAGAAGAAAUCAAGAGAGCGAAAGAAAAGGAGCGUGAAGAAACCAGGAAGCAGAAACAAAUUGAAAAAGAGAAGAAAGAACAGGAAAAAAGAGAGAAAAAAGAAAAAGAGGAACAAGAACGAUUAGAAAAAUUAAAAGCAAAGGAAGAGGAGAGAAGAAAAAAACAAGAACUUGUAGAUGCCAAAACUGAGGAAAAAAGAAAAAAAGAGGAUGAUAGGAAGAAACAGGAAGAUGAAAAAAAGAAAAUCGAAGAAGAGAAGAUAAAAAAGGAGCAGAAGGUUAAGAACUCUUUUAAAAGUUUUUUCAGUAAAGUUGAGUCAACACCGAAACCAACUCAGGUCAAAUCUCUGGGUCCAUUCAUGGUUUUUCAACAGAAGAAGGACAUGGUACUUGCACCUAGGUGCCGAACAGAUUCUUUUCAUGGUGAUCGUAUGAAAGAGUUUGAUAGACACUUUGCAGAGCAGAAUUCAACAAUUGCAUACUUACAUGACAUCAAGAGUGGUAAACAUAAACCAGGGAAAUCUGGAAGAACUCUCAUUCAGAGAAAAGUACAAAGUGAGAAGACUGUGUCCAUGGAAACAGAUGACAUCCAAGUUAUUGAAGAGUUGUCCAGUAAACCAAGUGAGAAAAAGAAAGUCAAUGAAAAAGUUUAUAGGAUGAAAGGGAAGUUGUUCCAGUUUCAUGAAAACCACAGACCGGCUUAUUGGGGAUCAUUUGGGAAGAAAUCUAAUAUUGUGAAGCCAAGGAAACCACUUGCUAAAGACGAGGAAAUUUUAGAUUAUGAAGUUGACAGUGAUGAUGAAUGGGAGGAGCCUGGAGAGAGUUUAUCACAUUCAGAGGGUGAAGAUGAUAACAAUGAAGGAAGUGAUGAUAGUGGUGAUGAUGAUGGAUUUUUUGUUCCUCAUGGAUAUUUAUCAGAAAAUGAGGGUUGUGAUGAAGAGGCUGAUGACCUGGAAUCGUUCAAAGUCAAAAGAGCAGCCAAGGCUACUCAGUGGGAGGCAGAAUUGAGACGUCAAACGCAACCCAAAGAACCAGUUAUAAUUGGAUGCAUCUGGGCAGGUGAAAAAACUCAUGAAAAAUUAGAAAAGUUUAAAAUACUGUCUUUCGUUUCUGUACCCGUACCUACCAGCUUCACUAUGAAGACGACAGGAGAAAGUAUUGACUUUGGAUCGGAGUCGCUUUCCAGGAGUACAACAAGUAAUAAGAAACCAGUGCCAAAGGAAGCACUCCCUGAUCUUAUCAGCCUUAUCCAUGGCAAUCGGAGUGGUAUCAAAGUUCUAAUCAAAGAGUUCCGUGAACAUUGGAAUAAAAAAGUCAAUGCUGGUGAUGGUGAGGACACUGAAGUUAUCACCAAACCUGAUGAAUCAAAUUUGAAGAAAGACCCAAUGAUCGAAACUCUCUCAACUCCGACAAGAAGUCGUCCUGGUACACCAGUCGAAAGUAGACCAUCAACACCACUGGAGCAACAAUUUAUUGAUCAGAGUCAAGAUUACAUUAUCUCAAAACGUCAGUUAGAUAUUAAGAUUAAUGCCAUUGCUGUGAGAGAGAAGAGAGCUGGUUGUAAGAAUGUCUGUUGGUACGUCCAUCAAAAUAUACUUGAGGAAUAUAAACUAACUGAACUUCCCAUUCCUAAUCAGUGGAAUUACGUUACUAAAACACCUAAACAUGCAAUUCCUGUAGGUGAUGUUUUUGCUUUAAAUGAAGAGACUGUGAAGCCAGUCUCGGGGAAAGCUAUUCCCAACAUCAUGCAGUUUGCUAAACCAGUGUCCCCAUCAAGUCUUUUUGAGAAAGCUAAAAUAGACGAAGUGACACCAAAAACAAACAAAAACACGAUACUCAGUGCUUUCCAGAAUCAGACUUGUAAAGUCAGCUUGCAAAGUGACCCCGGAUAUACUGCAGACUCAGAGAGUGAUGAUGAUGAUGACGAUGAUGAUGACUGCUUUAUGGUUGAUGAAAAUGACAAGAGUCCAGCAAUUGACAAAUCUUUAUCCACUAGCAACGUCGAGUCUCCAAAAGGACAACUGACUCUACUGUCGAUGCUCAAAUCUCCAACUGCUGAUCUAAGCAGGUCCGCAAAUCCAGACAAAUCAAGUGUUAAAUCUGUUUCUGCUGUUUGUCCACAAAACAUAACUGUAUCAACAAAUAGUUUGUCUGUUCAACAUGUAAAAAAUACACAAGAGAUUACAGCAAACAGUGCAGAGUCUACCACUGAUAUUUCAGUGCGUAUAUCACGGGAAAAUAAGAAAAAAGAAACUGAAAUUGGGAUUAUUGAUUGAUCUACCCCGGUAGUAGGACAGUUGGGUAUUCACAUUUAUAAAUUAUACUAUAGUAAUACUAACACUAUAUUGUUUAAAUGCCCAUGUCAUUUACCAUAAGUUCAUCAAGAUUACACUGGUAAACAAUCCAAACUGUACACGGCAAAGACGAGUGGUAAUCUUCAUCUGGCGCCAAAAGACAUGGGUCUUAAAUGGUCACACAAUGUAAAUCCACAUCACUACUACGUUGCCUUUGAACUGAAUUUUUUGUUUCUGUAAUUUCCUUGCUUUUCGUAAUUCUAUCGUAAAGUUCUUUUUUUGUUGCAAUUUCUUGAUUUCAACACCUUGAUAUUGUAAAAUAAAAUAUGCAGAUUUACAUUAUUGUAAACAUUUCAAACAUUUAAAUCCAGAUUAAUUUUGUGUGCUACACUUCUUUUUCCUGCCAAGCUUUCCUCUGUUCUCUUCAUUCACAAAACUUUUUUACAUAACAGUGUAAUGAGUAUGGUUUGAUGUGUGCCUUCAUCUGAACCCGAAAUCUUAAUGAUGAAUUGCCAUAUAAUAGUAAAGAGACAUCUAUGAUUGGUUGAAUUGCACAAUGAUCUUGUAUGCAUAUGUAAAUUUAAGCAUUUAAAUUAGAACCAAAGACUAUGAUAGUUUAAUCAAGGCAUACCAGACCAUGACCAGUGUUCAAUCCAACUUUGAUUAUAUUGUGUUACAUCUACAUGCUCAAAGUUAGGCAUAAAAUUAGGUUAUUACGAAGAUACCUCAAAGUAUGCACAAAGACAGUACAGCGGCAGUAUCGACCGACGCGCAGCGGAUGUCGAUGCGACAGCGUGCUGUCUGAGUGCAUACUUUGAGGUAUCUACGUAAUAACCUUAUUAUUAUACAUCUUUUCCCUUCAAGGAUACAUCAUGGAAAUGCCGAAAUCCAAAAAGUUUAGAACAGAAUCAGCGAACUUCUUUGUAUGGAGUUCGGUCAAAUCCUGGUGGCAGCCACGUUUGUUUUUAUUAUUAGAGAACGCUUACGCGCCUAAUCAUUCCAUAUUUGGAAUUCGCAUUUCCAAAUAUAGUAGUAUGAAAAUACCCCGUAAAAUACCGCAAAAUUACGGCACCUGUAACUUAUGGCGUUACGGUGACAGAUGUAUAGUAAUAAUAUUUACAAAUCAUUUUUUGCUUUACAAUACCAUUCAUGAACUUUUUCUCAGUGAUAAUGACACCCAAACAGUUACUGAUAUAGCUUUGCUGUAUGUUAAAUGUAAAUAAUUCCAGAUUUUCACAUGUGAUCUUCAAUAGAUUUCUUAGAAUGUAUAUAGAAAUUAUUUUAUGUUAAGUGUUUUCGCAUCCAUUUAACUCUUGAAAUACCUGUAAAAAAUGAUCAUGUGGCAGUAUUGAAUCUUUGAUAUUGGCUCAAUAAAAUGGUAGUCUAUAAUAAUGAAGAGUUAUUCACCUCAUACAAGAUAUAUAAAUUCCUAUAUUGUGGCAUGACUAUAGAUUGACUGCCCUCGUUAUCAGCAAUACCACUUCUAUGUUUAAUAUAUAUCCUUUAUUACACAGUUAAUAAAAUAACGCACUUUCCGUAUUUGCGCUUUCUUUCUAUCUAUCUAUCAUUUAGACGAAGCUGAAUGCUUACCUAAGAAUACACAUACUGACCUAUUGUAUCUGAAAUGGUUGUGGCAUAUCUAUGCUUUUAAAGCCAAUAUGGUUAUAAUUAUACUAAAACUUUAGUGCUCUUUGCUCUUAACCCAACAAAUGCCAUCAAUGUGUUGCCCUAAUAUUCGCGUGUUGACUUAGAUUGGAGUUGAAUUUUUCCCCCUAUUGGAUAUUCCUUCCAGAAUUUGAGGAUACUUUUCUUUUUUUUAAUAUGUAUAUUCUUGUCGAUUACUGAGAUGCUCAGUAUUUGAUCACAUUGACUGGGGAAAAUCUGGAUGUUUGAUUUCUGUAAUUGCACACAUUUUGUAUUUCCUACCUUCAUGUGUAGGUAGUUUUUGGGUGGUUAUUAUAAAUCUUAAUUUGACAGAUUUCUAGAAUAGCAACAAUUAAUAAUAAUAUACAUCAUUUCAACUGUACAUGAAAUAUGAUAGAUUAAUUUAUUAUGCAUGAAUUUUAGCAAAUAUACUAAACACAGGGACAAGCAACUGUAACGUGAAAGUAACAUCAAACACCAAAAAAAAAGUUAAUAGUAAUGCGUCCGUUGAUGCGUCAAAAGCACGAAAAAAAAAUCGUAUGCAUAGUCUUACCUAAACUCUCUCCCUUCAUGUUUGCCACAGUUGCCUGUCUCUGUAUUCUGAAUUUUCAUUUCAAUUGUGUGUUGUAUAUAUACAAAUAUAGUUAUGUGAUUUAUUAUUUUCAAUAGCAUUUUGGUGUUUAUAAUCAAUUGUAAAGUGGUUCCAAGUAUAUGAGGUUAUAAAUGUCAUGGCUUUCAAACCAGACUUUAGUCCACACAAUUACUCAUUUCAUAAUUUUUUUUCAAAAAUUGAACUAUUGUAUUGUAUCACUCUUUGACAUGAUCUUGUAUAAUAACCAGUGAUUUAGUUGGUCAUCUGUCAUUGCAGUUAACCCUGGCGUGAACUGGUUUUGAAUAGGCAUAAAUGGCUUGCAUUUAUAGGUGCAAUUUAUUCAUCGUGAAUUUAUCAAAAUAACUGACCCUGUGAAAAGGGGGGGUUGCUGAGUUGAAUUGAAUCCUAUCCUAUCCUAUCGUGUCGUGUCAGGCUGUUUGUUUAUGUACGUACGUGUGUAUCAUUGUUCAAAUUAACGUGCCAAUAGAAAAAAAAUGUAUAUUCAUUCAGAUGUGGAUAAAAAGGCCAUGCUGUGUACUAUUCAUAUCAACAUGUGCACAUCCAAAAAUAGGAUGGUUUAUAUGUCAAUUAGGUUCAUGGUCAAAUUUGAUAAUUUUGCUGAGUAGCUCACUGAAUGUUAUAUUCUGGAUACAAGUAAUCAUUUUGCGCAAGUUGGAGUUUCUAGAAAUAUUUAAACAAUUUUAUAUUAUAAAUCCCGAGACUAUUGGGCUAAACUAAAUCUGACAGGUUCAUUCAUGGAAAUGCAAUCAAUCAAUCGAUAGAUGUGCUACAGGGACACUAAACCAUAUUGAUAUUAACAUUUUGGUUUCAGACUUCAUGAUUUAAAUCUGUUAUUCACUUCUAUUGUACAUUUACAAAAUAAGCCAUGCUAAGAUGCUUGUUCUUUCAUUACCUGGGUAACUGCAGUCUCGAUACAACUAAAUGUCAAUGCAUCCAAUAUUAAUAAUUGUUUAACCAGUCGCUGAAAUAUUCAUUUGUAUUUAUGGAGGAAAAUAACAUUUAAUAGCUCCACCUUUGUAAAAAAAAAAUAUAAUAAAACUAGUUUU